AUGGGUAAUUCUAAGGAACCGCUAAAAAAAUUUAAUGAUAAAUUUUUGUCGAAUGAUUUACCCGAAGGUAACAAACAACCAUUUUUAAAUAAUGAUGAUGAUAAUUAUCAAUUUGAUCAUUUAAUGGAAGAAAUAGGUAACGAUGGGAAAUUUCAAAAAAGAUUUAAUUUUUUAUAUAAUUUUAUUAUUGUUAUUUUUUUAACCAUGCCUUAUUUAAAUAUUAUAUUGGCAAUGACUAUACCUGAGCAUUUUUGCCAAGUCCCAGGAAUGGAAGCAACUAAUUAUUCGUUAGAAGAAUGGAAAGAAAUAUGGCUACUCAAAAUUAAUAAAUCAGGAGAAACGUUAUACGAUUCUUGUAAAAUGUAUAUUGUAAAUGGAACUGAAAAAAAUUCGAUAAGUUGUUUAUACGGUUGGAAUUUCGAUCGAACAUGGUACAGCGAAACCGUUACAACAGAACAAAAUUGGGUUUGCGAUAAAGAAAUUUACGUAUCGAACACAUUUGCUGCUGGAAGAAUAGGAGAAAUUAUAGGUACUUUUGUUUUUGGACAAUUAGGAGAUAGUUAUGGUCGUAAACCUGUUUUUUACUUAUCGAUUCUUAUUCUAAUAAUUGGAAGAACUUUAUCCGUUUUUGUUUCUGGAAAUUAUUUAUUUUUUCUUUUUUCAAUUGCUUUGGGUAGUACUGCUUCAACAAGCGUUUUUCAAUCACCGUUAGUAAUAAGUAUGGAAGUUUCAGAUGAGAAAAAACGUUCCCACAUUGCAUUUUUACAAUGCACAGGUUGGGUUUUAGGUUUAUGCCUUUUAAUUCUUAUUGCUUGGGGAUUAAGAGACUGGAAAUUAAUUAUGCUAGUAUCAACACUUCCAAAUAUUGUUUGUUUUUUUAUGUAUGAACUUUUACCUGAGUCUCCAAGAUGGUUGGCGAGUCGUGGUAAAAUAGAAGAAGCUGUAAAUGUUUUGAAGUAUAUUUCAAAUAUAAAUAAAACAAAAAUUCCAAAAAACACAUAUUCAGUAUUAGAAAAGAUAAAAAACAAAAAAGAAACAUUUUAUGGAUUAGCCAGUCUUUUUGCUAAUUGGAGAUUAGCAAAAAAUACAAUUAUUAUUAUUACUUGCUGGUCGGUUUCAGGAUUAUGCUAUUAUGUUAUUACUUUAAACGUUACUAACAUGUCAGGGAAUCCAUUUAUGAAUUUUUUUUGGCAAUCAUUGGUUGAAUUACCAGGUUAUAUAUUGGGAAAAGUUUUAAGUGAUAGAAUUGGUAGAAGAUGGACACAAACAGGAGCUUAUGCAUUGGGAGGAGCUUUUUGUUUAUCUACUUUACUUGUACAAACAUUAAUUGAUUUGAGACUACCAUAUGUACUUCUUUUGGGUAUGAUUAUAUUAGGAGGUUUAAGUUCAUCAUUUUUACCGGAAACCUUAUAUAAAAAACUUCCAGAAACACUUGACGAUGCGAAAAUUUUUGGAAAGAAUCAAAAAUACUGGUCUUUUUCUUUGGAAUAA